CAACAGACGCGAUGAGGCGAUACAACUUAAAAUUAGCAUGUAUUGGCCUGCAAAUCUGCUCAUACAAAGUCACAGCUGAUAGCUGGAUAAACAAUCCAAAGGAAUCACCUGCAGUGGAGUUCGGAAACAUCUACAACUACCUCAUAAAGUCACCUAUUGAUUAGCUUCGUGAGACACCAUUACCUUUGCUGAAAGAUGUCUACACGGGGAAAGAAUACCUAUCUGCUUGAUGGCUCAACACUGGAGAGUAUCAAUGUCAUAAGGAACCACUCAAAGCUCUUUCGAGGAGAAUGUGCGAGAUUGAUCGAGGAUUGCAGCAAAUCUUGCAAGCGCCUGGAGGAUGAUGACAGCGAGAGGUUGGACCAUCGCGUCCGAGACAUUCAGUUUGUGAAGCAGGAGCUGGAGCAGAAGUUGGAGGAGAAUAUUUUGGAGACAGAUCAUCUUAUUGAACUGCAGAACAGAGUGACAAAAGCCAUUGAGUCUUGCAAAGAGCCUCUUAGAGUUACUCUUCUCUGUAUAGAGGAGAGAAACAAACCUCCUGAGAAGGUGCAUGAUCAAGUGAGCAGGGAAUUGCUGAAGGAAGGUGAUCUCACCAAGGGAGUUAUGGCCCUCAUGCAGCGUGUCAUUAAGCAGAUCACUGAGCAAAUACGGUUAAACCAAACGGCUAAAUUUCAACUUGAACAGGACCUCAAGGGGAAAUAUGUGGCUCAGGACUUAGAUACCUCCUGCGCCGCAAUGACCCCACAUUCUCUUAUUAACCCGGAACAAAAGUUAAAAGCCAGUAAUGCUACCUCAGGGUGUUUUGUGACACCUGUUCAGUGGGGAAACCACUCUGAUUUCAAUAUCGGCAAAGCGGAGCAGCAGAAGAAAAACACCAUCUCUUUGAGGGCCCUGGUUGAGUCUCUGCUGGCACAGACUGCCGCUGACAUGCAAAAGCAGUUCGAAGCGACAACAGCAGCUUUCCAGUUCAAUAUCAAGCAGCUCAAGACUGUCAAAAACCAGAUGGAAGACCAACUCACCAAGGUCGUGUCAGAGUUUGCCAGCCAGCAGAAAAAUCGUGAGGAUCUCAUAGUGGCCGUCACAGAGAAUAACCGUUUUCUGAGUUUGGCUCAGAAAAGGCUGAGUGUGCGUCAGCAGAGGCCGACUAAAGAGAAAUGCCACGAUCCAGCGCAAUCACAACUCCUCGCAGAAGUCGGUUACAUGAGACAGUGGAUCAGUCAGAAGAGCAGCAGAGGGCGCUGGUCCGUUGCCAGCUGGAGCUACGACACAAUAUUGAGGUCAAAGACAGGCUCCUCUAUGUUGACGAGGUCAUAUGUGGCCAGCUCAGGAAACCUAUUGUCAUACACAACUUCUGACCAAGCAGCGUACUCCAUGGAGACAUUAUUUUUUGACAACACAUUUUUUACCAAGAGUCAAGUAUCUAUAUCAUUAUAAUAUGUGAGAUACCAACAAGGUAGCGAUUUAGAACAACGCUUACCUUGUCAAGAGUUUAUAAAUGUUUGAAUUAAGUACCGUAUUGGCACGAAAAUAAGACGGCCCUGAUUAUAAGAAGACCCCCUCUUUUUCAAGACUCAAGUUUGUAAAAAGACUUUUUGAACACCAAAUUCCUUUUUAUACAGAAAAUAAUUACGGUACACCUGAAACAAAUUAUUAUAACAAUAUCUUUGAGAGAGAAAGCAUGUUAUUUUGCCCCAUUCAAAUCUUAAUAUCUGAACAUUUAAAUAUGUAAACUAAACUGCAAUCACAUUCGUAAAUUAAUGGCUUCUGGUUUUUGAAAUGUACAUAAACCAAUCUAUUGUGAUAAAACAACAAAAUGGCAAUAACUGCAUUAACCAUCAAAGUGAAGUCUAACUGCAACUGUAGUCUUAAAACAAAUCUGAUUAAGAAAACAUUGCAAUAAAAUAAUGCAAACUGGUUAAACUUGAGAGUAGCUGAGAUCUUUCAUGACAGAACAUCGCGUCAAUGAAAUCUGGUGCCAUCUAGCGUCGCGAAUGGGAGAGUAGCUGAGAGCUGUCAUAACAGAACAUCCCUUCAAUAAUAUCUGGCGUCAUCUAGCGUCGUGAAUUGGUAUAAUGUCUAGACCGCGAAUAUAAGAUGACCCCCUCUUUUUCAAUCUUAUUUCAAUGCAAAAAACACCGUCUUAUAUUCGGGCUAAUAUGGUAUUUAAUGCAUCAAUGGACAUAAGACGUCAUAACCUGCUAUCACUUGAUGACUGCAGCAAGACUUUAUGGUGGGUGACUCAUUGGAUCAGAACAAGAUAGUUUGAACUUUCCAAAGUAGGUUAAUGAUUUAUGAUGAGAAUGCUGAAGACAUUGUUAUGACAGUCUUACCCUUGCUGCAAAGCCUUUUGUGGGUAGCCUUGGUACUGUGGACCUUUUUUCUGUAUUACUGGCUGUAACCUGGGUAAUUCUUGGAAUAAAUUCCUAGUGGUUGGUAACUAUGAGUCGUUUUCCAAGGUGCAAUUCUCCACUGUAUGAGAACCGAUAGAUGUGUUUUUGACCAUGUUGUGUCGACCUGCUUGUAGUCUUGAAAUCAAUAUUUUUUCCCCCUCAAAACAAAGGUAGAGAAAGCUUAGUGAAAACAUGAUUUUGGAGAUUUAACUCAACUUUAUUUUCAAAGCACAGCCACAGCUGAAAAAAUGUACAAGCAAUAAAACAAUGAAACAAAUUGAAAAAAAAAAAAAAAAAAAAAAAAAGCCACUACUUAAAAGGUACAGACUCUUAAACUGAGUUCAAAGCCAAAUGAUAAAAAUGUGUUCUUUGAAGAGUUUCAAAAAGGGAGCAGUGGCUUCUCAUGUAGAACAAGAUCCUUCCACAUCAUGGGCCUACCUAACAAUGGAAAAGGGUUCAACGACUCUGAGCUGUCGACUAGACCUCCGUAUAUCCAACAGCUGAUUAGCUUAUGUGAGUACCCAGACAAGGGAUGUAGGAGUUUAGGCAAUGUCAUAAAGGUGAAAGUGGGGCAAUGCAUGGAUCAACAGCAAAUGUAGGGACGAAUAUUAGAAACACUUGACUGAAAAACUGAAAGGCUGAAAAAUUCACACGAAUAUAAUUUACUAUUUAAUCAAAAAAAAAAAAAAAACAUUAUUUCCGAUUAAUGCCCUUUGCCUUAGCAUUGGUGCUACAACCCCGGAGGCUCGAGACAUUUAGUUUAAAACAUGCUGAUUUUUCAAACCCCUAUCAUAGGGUGCGUUGUGGGAAACUGAACAGUGUUGAUGUCGUCAAAGCAACACAUGUCACAGCCGAUGAACCAUUGAUAAAUGCGCUUUUUUUUGCCCAUGAAAAAUGUGUCUAAGCUUCCCAUUGCUAAAUGAGAUCUUGACGCAUGUUUGUGUGGAACUGUAGUUCACAAAAAAAAAAAAAAAAAUUCCGUUCCUGCCGAAACUAGUAAAGCUAUUUACAAGGCUAUUACAAUCUCUUCUACUCCUUAAAAUAAGACAGACUCAAGUGUUUUGCCGUGCAUAAAGUGGAAUCGACCGAGAGCCAGCCGGGUGGGCCAAGUUCUAGCGGCGAUGAAGCCGAGUGAAGUCAUUACUUCCGGAUUAAACGACAUCUGCUAGAGGGGGUGUGGAAGUGGCGGGAAAAAAAUGUGACAAAAAAGGAAGUGGUCAUGCUAUAAACCUAAUGUACUAAACCACAGCAAAUGCACAUGUAUGCAUUUGAAUACUAUUAUACUUGCACAGUAUAUUGUUUGCUUGAACUCCAAGCAAAUUUGCCUAAACUCCAAACUACUCACGUAGUCUCAAAUAUACUGUACUCGAUGUGAUGCGGGACAUCAACGGAAAGCAACUUCAGAAGCUGCUUGAAUCAGCGAUUAAGCAAAUUUAUUUUAUUUUUCUUAAUUUAAUAAUUUAUAUCUUUCUUUGAUGGCUCAAAAUACUUCCAAACCGUGGACAUGUUGCCUGUGAGCCAGUCGUGUUGUUUCUCACCGUGUUUUCAUUGCGUCAUCACAAGAGGACUACGGCUCUUCACAGUAUUCGGUGUUACAGGCUUUUAACCGAAAACAGAAAAUGCAAUUUUAGCUAUGUUCGGCCGAAAGCUUUCAGCACCGAAAUUUCGGUCACAUCUCUAGAUGAUUUUCAAGCGCUUUUUAGAAAGAAUUUUGACUUAUGCCAACUAUUGAAUGUAAAAAGGGUUGACUUGACUACUGGACUCAUUUGCCUGUCAAUUUAAAAUUACCUUCCAUUCUAAAACCUAAAUUUGAAGAUUGUUGGGGUUAAAGGUUUAGGAGAGCCAAAUACACCAAACCAUAUCAUUUCAGUUGUAUUCUCUCAAUAAAAUUAAAAGUUUUAUGAAGUUAAUGAUAAUUUUUUUGAUAAAAGUUGGGAAGUUGCUAGCAAUUCAAUUCUAACCCUAUGCAAAGAAUGUCUAGGCCUUGGGAGUUUAUG